AUGUGUAUAUUGCUUUACUAUAAUGUCAUACAGUCCUGUAUGGCAAGAAACAGGUUAAAAAAAAGAAGUUAGAAAUUCCUUAGGGAAAGAAAGGAGUCAUUGUGCCCAAUCUUGGCAAUAACUCCUAGGGGCCCCAGUCUGGGAUAUGGACCAUAGGGGGUCUCCACAGAGGUGCUCCCCGUCGUUAAAGGGAUGGAGAGGAUACAGAACACCACUGAAGUCUUCAUCGUCUCUGGUAACAGAGCCACAAGAAAUGAUCGGAAAAGCUCAUGAACUAUUCCAGCUAUGUGAUAAGGAGGAAAAGGGCUUAAUCACUAAGCGAGAUCUGCAGCGUCUGCAAAAUGAGCUUCCUCUCACCCCAGAACAACUAGAAGCUGUGUUUGACAGUUUAGAUCAAAGCAACAACGGUUACCUCACUCCUGUGGAGUUCAGCUUGGGACUUGGAAAACUACUGGAUGUGGAGCUACCACAUGGGGAAGAGCAAGAACGUUCUACACUGGUGGAGACCUUUGAGUCUGGGUGGUCAGAUGGACCUGACGAUGAAGAUGAUGCAGAUGAAAUGAUGUUUUAUGCCACAAUGGAGCAGCUAGGAGCUGCUAGAGUAUUCCAGGAACAUAGUGAGAUCCGAGAUUUGUGGAAUCGUCUACGCAAAGAACGCCCAGAGUUAUUGGGAAAUUUUGAAGACUUCCUAUAUAGGGUGUCAUCAUAUAUUCGGGAUGUACAUCUUGAGAAGGACAGUUUGGAACAAGCCCUGAAAAGAAAGGAGACAGAUCACGGACGUGAGGUGAGGUGUCUGUACGAGGAAAUGGAGCAGCAGAUAAAGAUAGAGCGAGAACGACUACUUGGAAAGGAUUCCUCCAGGCAGCAGGACAGACACACCGCUCUACAGAAGGAGCUGGCUCGGAAGGAACAGGAAUUAGACAGCAUUGUCUUGCGACAAAGACAGCUAGAGCUACAGUUAAAUGCUGUAAACAGUGAGCAACUUGAGACCCGAGUCCAAAAUGACCGCCUGAAACAACUGAAUGAGGAACUGCUUGAGCAACUGGAGCUAUCUAAGUGUGAUCUAGAAAAAGCUCAGGAGUACCUUCAAAAACUGCGCAAACAAGAGCGGGAUGAGCAGGAACGCUGGAAAAGGGAUGUGUUUAAAGUUUCCCGGAACAUGCAGAAAGAGAAACAGAGCCUCCUGCGUCAGCUGGAACUGCUCAGAGAUAUGAACAAAAAGCUUCGGGAUGAGAAAGAUGUGUUUGAAGCUAAGAAGUUGGAUAUCUUGAAGAAAUCUCUCAUAGACCACGUAUCUGAGCCCAGCUGCUGUUGCACUCAUUCCACUGGGAGCCUACACUGAAGACCGGACAAUGACACAAGAGACUUGUCUGGACAUCGGGCUAUAUAUAGAUAGAUACUAGGGCUGUAAAUAUGUGCAUAUGUCUGUGUAUGUAUGUUUAUAGAGAAUGUGUAUAUAUAGGUAGAAUAAUUUUAUUGUACAGCAAGUGUGAAACACCUUCUCAUAGAAGGCUAAAAAAUCUCACAGUUUGAUAUGCUGAGAUAAAGAAAAUGUAUAAUCCAGACAUGUCUCACAACCUGCUUUACCUCAUAAUGUCACACAAAAAACUUAUUCCACUGGAAUUCUCGGUAAUGACAAUCAAAUGAAGGUUACUUAGGAUGAGUUUUAUUUUUUUUAACAAUAUAUCACAAAUAUUUGAAAGGGACUUAAAAAACAUUUUUUUCCAAAUGUUAUGUGAAAGAACACUAAAGUAAAAACCUUGAUAUUACAA